AUGGCGUCGCCAGAGCUACGUCGCGACUCGGGGCCCUCCUCUUCCUCCGUCGACCAUCCAAGCCGCAGCGUCAGUCCGUCUCCUCAUCACCAGCAGUAUCACGGCCCGACCGCGGGGUUGGAGUUGGACCCUUCUGUCACCUCUGCUGCCUUCUCGAGCCCCCCGUAUGGUUUGCCGGUAGGUUCGGAAGCCUAUGGCUACACAGCUUCCUUCCUCGCGGCCCCUCCCGUUGCACAGAACCUCGCGCCCCCCGCCGACCAGGGCUUCACACACGGGCUGCCGUUGGCGCCCUCGUUCGAGACCAGCUUCGUGAACCAACUCGAGCAGCAGUCGGCUGGGCUGCGGAACCUGCAGCCGGAUGAGACGGACUUCUCGAACUUGCUCAAUGCGAACCCUGCCAACUUUGACUUCUCGCUCUAUCCAAACCAGUCUUCUCAUACCGCCGCCGCCGCGGCAGACUUUGACUCCACGCUGUUGCUGGAUCCUCAGGUCCAACAGCCGCCACCGCAGCUACAACCCCUAAGCGUUGAUCCGUCGAUUAACCCAGUCGACCUGGUCAGUCGCCUGUCCUCGCCGCAUGCCUCGACGCCGCCCCAGCUCUCGCCGCAGGACCAGCAGCAACAGCAGCAGCCCCCACACUCGUCACCCGGCCCGAUGUCACCUCCCAACUCGACCCCGGGGGCCUACUAUACCCCGCAACAUUCCCGGCAUACUUCUUUGGAUCCGGCAACAGCUGCAUAUAUGACAUCCCAUCCGGACUGGCAGGCCGUCAUGGGCAACUCCGCCUUUCAAACUCAUCGCCGUGCCCCUUCGGAGGUCUCUGAAGUCUCCUCUGCCACGCAUUCCCCCUAUCUAUCGCAACAAGACACAUUUGACGCUGUCGAGACAAAUCCAUCUCCACUCCUGUCCGCCCAAAACGACACCGGCUUCUACGACAAUGCUUUGAAGAUCGAGUCAUUCACUUUAUCGGAACAGCAGCAGCAACAACAACAACAAGAGCAACAACCAGGUUUCAGUCCUGCCCAGAGCCCGUAUAUCUCUCCACGCCUGAUGCCGCAGCAGGGCAGCGAACCAUUCCCGAGCAUUCCCUUUCUCGCUUCUCAGCCACCGACCACCCAAUAUCCCGUCUCUUCGGUCGAUAUGUACGGCAACGGGGCUGUCAUGCCGCAAUUGGCCGUCGGCGACAUGGGACAGGCAUCCCAAAUGGCCCCGCCAUCAAUAAACGUGGAAUUUGCGCCUCCUUCCCGGAACCCCAGCUUUGGACCUGGCAAGCCAGCUGCCGACUAUGACUCCCUGAGUCCGCCUGCCAUCAGAUCCCGCGGGCGAAGCAAAUCCGAUCCAUACGCUCAUCCGGCUUCUCGGAAUCGGUCACCCUCAUCGAGCGCAUCCCGAUUAGACGCGCUGGCUGCUUCUUCUGCCCGAUCAUUAUCGCCGUUGGAUCCGAUCGGUCGGACGCACAGCAAUCCCAGCUCCCGGGACCCCUCCCCUUCGUCAAGGUCGAACCGCCGACUAUCAACGUCGUCCAUCGAUAGCCGGAACUAUAUCCUCGAUCUCGCUGAUCCGCAACGUCCUGGAACAACGGUGGGCGAUUCGAAGCGCGUGCAAAAACACCCGGCGACCUUCCAGUGUCAUCUGUGUCCCAAGCGGUUCACACGCGCCUACAACCUGCGCUCGCAUCUGCGGACACACACGGACGAGAGGCCAUUUGUCUGUACGGUAUGUGGCAAAGCAUUCGCACGUCAACAUGAUCGCAAACGACACGAAGGGCUCCACUCUGGCGAAAAGAAGUUUGUCUGUCGUGGGGAUCUAUCCCGCGGCGGACAGUGGGGGUGCGGGCGUCGGUUCGCACGCGCGGACGCCCUUGGUCGCCAUUUCCGAUCAGAAGCCGGCCGCAUCUGCAUCAAACCCUUGUUGGAUGAAGAGUCUCAGGAUCGCGCCAAUGCCAGUGCCAUGUUGGGCCAACAGCCACAGUCCCAGCAAUCGCAGACACAGGCUCAACAGCAAGCCGGCCAUCUGCAACCUGUCCCCCAACCGCUCAUGGUAACAAGCAUCGAUGGACAAGCGGCCGGAAAUUUCAUCCUCCCCGCUGCGUUGCUCGCCCAGUACCCUGCGCUUCAGACGUUGCAAUGGGACCAGAUCCCCGCGACGACGGACGAUGUCAGCGAUUUUGGCGGCCGCAGUAGUUUUGAUGCCAGCUCCGGUAACGAGUUUGGCUUUGAAGAGGAUGACUCCGGUCUUAGCAGUGGAUAUGCCACCGGCCAGGGAGACCUGUAUGGGGCAGGUAUGAAUGUCAACCCGGGCGAUUCUUCCUUUGUCGGGACUGAAUGGCAGGGUUGA